AUGUUUGCGCCUCUAUCAUUGCUUUACGACGAUCACAUCACUACCCGUCAGACCGGACUGAGCCUAAAUGACCUGACAAUAGCAACAAAAUACCUCCAACAGUUUUACAGUCAUCAGAGGGAGCCUCCUGCCCGAAGGCGGAGAAGUCGCCAAUCUCUGUCCUCCAAACUGAAGGACAUGCAGAACUUUUUUGGGCUCAAUCCAACAGGUCACCUUGACUUGGACACACUAGAGGUGAUGAUGACUCCCCGAUGUGGCGUUUCUGACGUGGAUGAUUACGGUGACAACGCAGGAAACAAGUGGAAGAAAAACAUAUUGUAUUACAGCAUUGGGAAGUAUACAAAUGACUUGCCUGCUAGCACUGUGGACUCUUUGCUUGCGUCAGCAUUAGACGUGUGGGCCAAGGAAAGCCCUCUGACCUUCUACAGGACCUAUUCUGAUAAGGCAGACAUCAUGGUGGAGUUUGCCUCUUAUGAACACGGCGACUCCUACCCCUUUGAUGGUCCACAAGGUAUAUUAGCCCAUGCUUUUGGUCCCGGUGAGGGCACUGGAGGAGACAUUCACUUCGAUGAAGAUGAAUUUUGGACAGAUGGAUCCAAGGGGUUCAACCUCUAUCUAGUUGCAGUACAUGAAUUUGGCCAUGCUUUGGGAUUAAGACAUUCUCAAAACCCUGCAUCCAUUAUGUACCCAAUGUAUACAUAUAAAAAGUCUCUGAACUCGCUGUCCAGUGAAGAUAUAAUGAACAUCAAUGCAUUAUAUGGUCCAAGAAACAGCACACGUCACUCAUCCACAUUAGCCUGGAAUUCUUUCUACAACCCUUGGAUCUCAGGAUCUCAUCCCUCUUCAUUGGUUCAGGAUAAGUGCAGUCCCAACCUGUCCUUUGAUGCUGUGGUAAUUCUGGGGGAGGCCAUUUUCUUUUUUAAGGACAGGUAUUUGUGGAUCAAGCAGAAUAAUCUAAAUGACAUAAAAGAAGGUGCUAUCAGCAACUUCAUGCCGAAAAUAGACACUGAGAUCGACGCUGCCUACUGGGUUCCCAAGCGUUCAACAGCAUACCUGUUUAGUGGACCCAGUUUCUGGAUAGUUAAGGGAUCACAAAUCAAAGGCCGACCGAAAAAUAUUGCCAGUUUUGGAUUCCCUUCAUGGGUACAGGAGUUAGAUGCUGCAGUUCACAUCAGAAGAACCGCACAUACCCUGUUCUUCACUCAAGAGUUUUAUUGGAGAUUUAAUGAGAGUCGUAGAGCCAUGGAUGACAUGCACCCAAGGUCCAUUAGAGAGGAUUUCCCAGGGAUCUGCAUCCCAGUUAGUGCUGCUGUUCACAGAGACAGUUUCCUCUACUUCUUCUGUGGAUCAGAGGUGUACAAAUAUGACAGUGCACUGAAGAAAGUUAUUGGAGUUUAUAAAGCAAACUCAUGGUUGAAUUGUUAA